ACUCCACUUAAACUGCGACCAUCAUGGCUACCGAAGGAGAAAAGAACCCAAUGAACCGGCUGAAGGACGACGUGGCACAAGUGCACGGGAAAGUUGCCGACUUGGACGCUGCAGUCGAGACGGACCUGCCGACCGAGUGUGGCAUGACGUACUUGCAGGUGAAGAACCACGCGCUGUUGACGUACACAAAGAUGGAGCUCUUCUUCGCUCUACUCAAGCUGGAGGAACCGGAGAAAGUGAAGAACCACCCUGUGUUCAAGGAGUUGGUGCGUUACCGUACGUUGCUGGAGCGCAUUCGUCCGCUGGACCGCAAGAUGAAAUACCAAGUGGACAAGAUGCUCAAGGUGGCGCUGUCCGGUGGCAAGGGACUCGACGAGUCUCUGAGCUACGCGCCCAAUCCGGACCAGCUUGCUGCCGAGGAAGGACAGGAUGACGACGACGAUGGCGAGGCAGGGGGAUCCGGUGCCAAGGAUGGCAUUUACCGUGCGCCGCGCAUGGCAGCGGUGCCGUAUGAGGAGGAGGAGCGCGCACAGGUGAAGCAGGCGAAGAAGGAUGAGCGCAACCGUAAGCGUCUGCAGAAGAGCACAAUUCUGGCAGAACUUCGUGAGGAAUUCAGCGAGCGUCCCACUGAAAUUUUGGCUAGCGGUACAAGCGUUGUGGACAAAGAGAUCGCCCGCGAGGAGGCGGAGAAGAAGGACUUUGAGGAGUCGCGCUUUGUGCGUGUGGUUACGUCGCGCAAGGACAAGAUCCGUAAGCGCCAGCGCGAGAUGGAGGCUAACCGUGCAGAUAAUGUCGGCUCGAUCGAUAACUUCGCCGCAGUCCAGGACAUUCUGUCAUUGGACAAGACCAAGCACCGGAUCCCGACACCGCGUGAACCGAAGAAGGUUGGAGGCAAGACGGGUGGUAUCUUCGCUCAUGUUGAUGCGCCGACCGAGAAGAAGCGCAAGGUGGCACGAAUGGUGUUUUCUAACCUGUUCUCGUGA